GUCAUCAUCACUCCCCCCCACCAAGCUAAGCCACCUCCCUCUCCUCUCCAUCGCCGGUUCUCCCCAACCCUUUGUUAGGAGAGAACGCCGGGAUUCACUAGGCAUUGGCCGGCGGCAGCGAGUUUCCCCGGGCGACCACCGAUGACGAGUCCCGCCGCCGGCGGCGGCCCCGAGAGGGGUCGCCUUUGGCCGGCAUUGGUCAUGGCGUUGGCCGUGCUCGUCGUCUCGAGCAAUGUAGGCUCAGCCUCCGCCGACGGCUACACGUACUCUUCCCCUCCUCCGCCUUACGAGUACAAGUCCCCGCCCCCACCUCCGCCGUCUCCUCUGCCGCCGUACGUGUACAAGUCGCCUCCACCACCAUCGCCAUCCCCUCCACUUCCGUACGUCUACAAGUCUCCACCGCCGCCGUAUGUUUAUAAGUCUCCUCCACCACCCUCACCGUCUCCACUGCCCCCGUACUUGUACAAAUCUCCUCCACCACCGUCACCUUCCCCACCGCCACCUUACUACUAUAAAUCUCCACCCCCGCCCUCACCCUCGCCACCACCGCCAUAUUACUACAAGUCUCCGCCGCCGCCGGAGAAGUCUCCUCCUCCGCCUUACUAUUACAAGUCGCCGCCACCACCUUCCCCUUCUCCUCCACCACCUUAUUACUACAAAUCUCCACCUCCACCAUCUCCAUCUCCUCCUCCACCUUACUACUACAAAUCACCACCGCCACCAAAGAAAUCUCCCACGCCACCAUACUACUACAAAUCGCCGCCGCCGCCCUCGCCAUCUCCUAUGCCCCCAUACUACUACACUUCACCACCACCGCCGAAACACUCACCUCCACCCCCAUACUACUACAAAUCACCGCCACCACCCUCCCCAUCUCCUCCACCUCCUUAUUACUACAAAUCUCCGCCGCCGCCGUCGCCAUACCCUCACCCGCAUCCGCACCAUGUGGUCGUCAAGGUGGUCGGAAAGGUCUACUGCUACAGAUGCUACGACUGGGGAUACCCUCUGAAAUCCCACGACAAGAAGCACCUCAAAGGCGCCGUCGUGGAGGUGACCUGCAAGGCCGGCGAGAAGGAGAUCAAGGCAUACGGCACGACCAAGAUCAACGGCAAGUACAGCAUCACGGUCGAUGGGUUCCACUACGGCAAGGCCGGCGAUGCUGAGGAGUGCGUGGCGAAGCUCCAUGCCGCGCCCAAAGGCUCGCCGUGCAACAUCCCCACCAACCUGCACAAUGGCAAGAAGGGGGCGAUGCUCAAGGUCAAGUCGAAGUCCGAGUACGAAGUUGUGCUCUAUGCUAAGCCCUUCGCCUAUGCCCCGAAGACUCCUUACAAGGAGUGCGAGAAGCCCAAGCCCAAGCCUGAGCCCAUGCCCCCUCCUUACCACUAUACUUCCCCACCGCCCCCGACGCCUUAUCUCUACAAGUCUCCGCCGCCGCCGCCCACAUACAUGUACAAGUCUCCACCGCCACCACCAUACAUGUACAAGUCCCCCCCACCGCCUCCACCUACUUACGUGUAUAAGUCUCCACCGCCGCCGCCGUAUGUUUACAAGUCUCCACCGCCACCCGCAUAUAUCUAUAAGUCUCCACCACCGCCAUCGCCCGCUUACAUCUAUAAGUCACCUCCUCCACCACCAUAUAUCUACAAGUCUCCACCCCCGCCUCCUUAUGUCUAUAAGUCCCCUCCACCGCCGCCAUACAUUUACAAGUCGCCUCCUCCUCCGCCAUACAUCUACAAGUCUCCUCCUCCACCCCCACCGACUUACAUCUACAAGUCCCCUCCACCACCACCCUAUGUCUACAAGUCUCCUCCACCACCGCCGCCGACUUACAUCUACAAGUCGCCUCCUCCUCCACCAUACAUGUACAAGUCUCCUCCUCCACCCCCACCGACUUACAUUUACAAGUCCCCUCCACCGCCGCCAUACAUCUACAAGUCUCCACCACCACCAUCCCCAUCCCCUCCACUACCACCAUACUACUACAAGUCCCCACCGCCGCCGGUGAAACCUUACUACUACAAGUCUCCCCCUCCACCAUCGCCGUCUCCCCCACCACCAUACUAUUACAAGUCCCCGCCUCCACCAUCUCCCUCACCACCUCAUCCCUACUAUUACAAGUCACCACCUCCUCCGUCGCCAUCUCCACUACCACCCUACUACUACAAGUCCCCACCGCCGCCGGUGAAACCUUACUACUACAAGUCUCCACCCCCACCAUCGCCGUCUCCCCCACCACCAUACUAUUACAAGUCCCCGCCUCCACCAUCUCCCUCACCACCUCCUCCCUACUACUACAAGUCACCACCUCCUCCAUCGCCAUCUCCACUACCACCCUACUACUACAAGUCCCCACCGCCGCCGGUGAAACCUUACUACUACAAGUCUCCACCCCCACCAUCGCCGUCUCCCCCACCACCAUACUAUUACAAGUCCCCGCCUCCACCAUCUCCCUCACCACCUCCUCCCUACUACUACAAGUCACCACCUCCUCCAUCGCCAUCUCCACUACCCCCCUACUACUACAAGUCCCCACCGCCGCCGGUGAAACCUUACUACUACAAGUCUCCCCCUCCACCAUCACCCUCUCCACCUCCUCCAUACUACUACAAAUCCCCACCGCCACCAUCUCCUUCUCCGGCGCCUAUUUACAUCUACAAAUCGCCACCACCUCCAUCACCAUCUCCUCCACCACCAUACUACUACAAGUCCCCACCACCACCAAUGAAAUCUCCGCCGCCACCAUACCAUUACAUUUCCCCACCACCGCCGUCACCAUCUCCACCCCCUCCUUACGUCUACAUGUCACCACCUCCCCCUUCACCAUCCCCACCUCCCCCCUACCAUUACACAUCACCUCCACCGCCGGUGAAGCCGUACCACUACAUGUCUCCACCACCACCAUCACCAUCCCCACCUCCUCCCUACCAUUACACGUCACCUCCACCACCGGUGAAAUCUCCACCACCGCCGUACCACUACAUGUCUCCACCACCACCAUCUCCACUUCCUCCUUAUGUCUACAAGUCACCACCUCCCCCUUCACCAUCCCCUCCUCCUCCCUACCUCUACACAUCGCCACCACCGCCGGUGGAGUCGCCUCCUCCCCCGGCAUACAUCUACGCAUCGCCACCGCCUCCAAUUUACUAAGCUCAAAAGGCUUAGUCACGUACCAACUCCAAUCAUAUGUUAGUUUGCAGAAUGUAAUAAAGGAGGGCUUCGAAAUGAAGAGAGUUAGACUUCAAUCUUCCAAUCCUGCUUCAUCGAAUAAGGAUCUGAAUGCUUCAUCAAGACACAACCUUCAUCGAUCAGACCAAGUUUCUUCCACUUCCUUGGUGACCAUGUUACAAGUUGCGCUGUUCUUAUAUUCAAGUGGGAAAUGGCUUCAAAGAGCUUUCUGAUACAGAGGAAAAGAAACAGGGUACUAGAUUGGAGAGACAGAGAUAGUGCAUGGAAGCCCCUAUUGGCAUUUUCUUUUCGUUUAUUUUUCCUUGAAGUUUUGUCUGAUUCUUGUCUAGAUUCCAUCUAAUUUAUUGUUGUAUAUUCUGUACGUAUGGGCUUGUUUGGCGGGCUUCUGUUUAUUCAAGGUCAAUUGUUUCUGGACCCUCUUGUGCUUUGUGCAACAACCACUUUAGAAAUAAAGAGAAACACAAGUUCUCUCAA